AUGCCCGGUGACUACGAUGUUGAAUACUGCUCUCCAUGGGCCGGCGCGAACUUUCUCCCCGUAGGAGCCAAGGGAAGCGCCCAUGCGCGAUGGGAGGCGAAUACCUGGCCGGUCUUUGAAGAGCUGGCUCGAAAUAACCCCGAGGCUGGGAUCCAUUUUCAAGAUUCCAUUGUGUACAACCGUCUAAAAGACGCGAGAUCGGAAACGGGAGUCUGGUUCAAAGAAUUAAUCAAGCCUAACCCUUGGUAUAAAGAUAUUGUGCCAGAUUUCCGUGCCCUGCCCAAAGAACAACUACCCGCUGGGUUUGACAACGGAAACUGCUUUACAUCCAUUUGUCUCAACGCCCCCGUCUACCUUGCAUGGCUUGUGUCGCAGUGCCGCAAGAACGGCGUCGUCUUCAAGCGCGCCGUUUUCAGCCACAUUGCCGAUGCAGCUGGCGCCCAUCAUUCUGGCAAGCGAGCCGACGUGGUUGUCAACUGUACUGGCUUAUCCUCAAAGUACCUGGGUGGUGUAGCGGAUUCAAAGGUCUAUCCCGCCCGCGGCCAGGUGGUUGUCGUUCGCAAUGUAGCUCCGGCAAUGUACUCUCUCUCGGGAACCGAUGAUGGUCCUGACGAGGCGGGAUAUAUCAUGACGAGGGCAGCUGGCGGUGGAACCAUCCUAGGGGGCUGCUACCAACGACACAACUAUGAAAGCCAGCCGGACCCCAACCUCGCCGUGCGUAUCAUGAAGCGAUGCGUAGCAAUCUGCCCUGAACUAGUGGGCAAAGACGCGCAUGGCAAUCAACGAGGCAUCGAAGCGCUCGACAUCAUCCGCCAUGGUGUUGGCCUGCGGCCGCUCCGAGAAGGAGGGCCACGCGUGGAGCGAGAUAGCGUCAACGGUGUUUCUAUCGUGCACAACUAUGGCCACGGCGGGUUCGGCUAUCAAGCUUCUUUCGGAUCUUGCGCUGAGGCGGCGACGUUGGUUGAAAAGGCGUUGCAUGAAACAAAGGUCACGGCUAGGCUAUGA